AUGGAUAGAGGGGAUAAGAUUCUUAAUACUGAAGAAAGUAGCUCUCCUAAAAUCCUCAUCAUUGGUGCAGGAGCCCGUGGCAAUGCCUAUGCCAGAGCGAUUUGUAAUUCAACUAACGGAAAAUUGCUUUGUGUAGCCGAACCUAUCUUAAACAAGAGAAAACGUUUCGGAGAGCAGUUUAUAUGGGGGAAGUCUAGAUCAUACGAAGGGCAAGAGUUCGAGAGUUGGCAGGAUUUUCUCGUAUGGGAGCAAGCUAGACGCUCUAAGGCUUCCGAUGGAGAGAAAGUACCAGAAGGCGUUGACGCUAUCUUCAUUUGUAUACUUGACGAGCUGCAUAAAGAUGCAAUUGUUGGACUGGCACCGCUCGGCUUACACAUUAUGUGCGAAAAACCGCUAGCCACAAGCCUAAAUGAUUGUAUUUUGAUUUACAAAUCAUUACUUCCAAAUCUUCCUGACGCUACUCCAACCAAACUAUUUGCUAUCGGUCAUGUCUUAAGAUACAGUCCUCAUAAUAUGCUACUACGAAAACUGUUGUUGGAAGAUAAGGUGAUUGGAGAAAUAAUGUCUAUUAAUCACACCGAGCCUGUGGGCUGGUGGCAUUUUGCUCACAGCUAUGUCCGAGGAAACUGGAGAAAAGUUUCAACUUCGGCACCAUCUCUUCUUACUAAAUCUUGUCAUGACUUGGAUCUUCUCCUUUGGAUACUGUGCUCGCCACCUGUUUCUGAAUCUGGCCAACAACCUCACCUACCUACUACGAUCAGCUCUAUGGGAAGUGUACAGUAUUUUAAUCAGUCAAAAAAGCCUACGAUUGCUGGAAGUGCCACUAACUGUCUCGAGUGUCCUGCUGAGAACGAAUGUAAAUUUUCGGCGAAAAAGAUAUAUCUUGGUGAUCGGCAUCAGGGUCUUCAGUCUGGAAAUCGAAGCUGGCCUAUUAAUAUCCUUCUGCCCGAUAUUGAAGAAUGCAUUACUCUUGGUGGAUAUGCAAGUGGCGAGGCUGCCCUCAUAGCUAAGCUAGCCGAAGAUUACGAUAGUUCGACUCCUACCUAUGAGAUAUCUGCUAAAAACUGGUUUGGACGUUGCGUCUUUGAAUCAGAUAACGAUGUAUGCGAUAAUCAAGUAGUCCUGAUGUCGUGGGACAAUGAGCCUCAUUCGUCCACAAAUUGUGAUACGAAAUCAUCGCUAGAUCAUCGAGGUGCUAAAACUGCUGUAUUUCACAUGGUAGCUCAUACGCACAAAAUUUGUAAAAGAUAUAGCAAUAUCUAUGGGUCAGAUGGGGAAAUUUAUGCAGACAGCGAGACCAUAACGGUGCAAGACUUUAAACAUGGUACCCGAAAAACAUACACCCCUCCCAAAGCUGGUGGGGGACAUGGCGGUGGAGACGAAGGUUUAGCACGUCAGUUUAUUUAUGCAAUUGAUCAAGUUAAGAAUUAUGGGCUUAGUGUUGACGAGGCUCAGCGGGCAUACAUUAAAUGCACUUUGGAAGAAGUUAUUAGGAGCCAUGCCAUUGUAUUCGCGGCUGAAGAAGCCAGGUUAACACGACAAGUCUUAGAUUUCCCCGAAUGGUGGCGUGAUAAGGUGCAAACUAACCUAGUCGCAGACAAUAGACUUUAA